UCUUGGUUUUAAGUUUUUAGCGCUCUCUGGAUAUACGUGAUCAUAAAAAUUUGACCAAAUAUGUCGGGUGUACAACCGGGAAAAAUGCCAUGGCAAAAUUUCGACUGGCCGCCAGAGCAGCAGCGCAUCAUCUAUCGCAGCUGGGGGCAAUACUUCUCACGUCUGAGGAUGAAUGCGCAGGCGCAGAAGUAUUUCAACAGCUGCAUCGAUUCGCGCGACUCUGGCGACUAUCGGACACUCUACCUGCGUAGCAAAUUCCAUCGAACGGUGGCGCGCGGUGAGGAUGCGCUGCUGGACAUUGAACGGGCUGCCGCAAUGCCCGGCGUCCGUGAGACUGAACUGAACCUGGAGCUGGCCGAUGUGAUGUAUACAAUGAAUCGUUUCGAGGACAACAAAAUGAUGCUGCACGACAAUGUGGUUAAGCAUAUUGGCAGCUCCAUGGAACCCUUCAAAAAGCGGUUGGCCAUUGUGAACGAAAAUUUCCGGGACAAUUUGGGCCCGGCUCUAGGUCCGUUCUUCCUCAAAAGCGUCUUUGGCAAUAACACGUAUAAUUUGCCCAAAUCGAAGAUAGUCGAUGAUCGACCCCAUUGGAAGAUCCUAAAGGAGGAGGGCGAAUGUGAUGUGCAAAGUGUGGUAGACAAGGAGGAAAUAACUUUCUCGCCACUGGAGGGGGCACGUCGUCGACGAAUGAGUAAAAUCUUCUAUCAGAAGUAUCUGGAUCGCGCCUGGGUUGAUAUUAUCUUUAUGAAUGCUCUGCGGAAGAGUCCAGUGCUAUUUCUGGACCAAUGCACGCCGAAAUAUACGAAGCGUGCUGAAUCGCUUAAUCGUUCGUAUGAACGCGUCCGACAGCUAACCAGUAUGCUGCAUCGUCGGAGCCCCAUGUACAACGAGGUUUACCAGCAGCAGCGUGAUCCCAAAUUGAUGACCCAGUUCAAGGAGGCAAAUCUCUUCCGGGUGCAGUAUCAGACGCGUCGCAAUCUGCUUAGCAUAUUGCGCACCAUACGAUCCCUUCGUGUACGCGGCGAGUCAAAGCGCCUCCGCGACUUCGUGCGUGAUUUGAUGGGGGAAUACGUUGUGCUAAAAACAGGUCGUGUCUUGCCCUGGAAGUUUGAAUUUGUAAACGAGGUGUACAACAACUUGGCGCUGAGCUUGUGCCAGGAAUACCGCCUGCCUACAAAAAAAGUAACGCCCUAUAACAAGAACGCCCUGUGCCAGUUGCUAAACAUGCACAUAUUGAAGCCUGCCGAGUUCCAGGAGUUUGUUUUUGGCAAUCGUGCUACAUACGACGAAGGAGAUGGUGGCAAGCCGGAGCAGAAAAUGCACAAACGAUUCAUCGCUCAGUUGGAGCAACGCUUGUCCUUCGCCAAUCAUCACAUCGAGCGCGCCUAUCUACUCCAUGAGUUGUCCGAACGGCACUUGCUGCAGAAUCAUUUUAUGCAGUCGCUAUCCUUUGCGAAAAGGGCGAUCGAGGAAGCGCGUAGAUGCAACAGCGUCAUUUGGGAAUUCUUGUGCACCAUGUUGCUGGCCAAAUCCCAUGCCGUGCUGCACAAAUACGAGCGCCAGACAGAGGUUCUUAAUGCUGCCUACAAUCUGGCCAAGCGGCUCAAGUCUCCACAAUUGUGCACCUUCAUCGAACUGUGUCGCAUGCUCAACAAGGACUACAUAACACUCAGGAAGAUGUCACAGUUGGAGGCGGGAAAACGGUUGCGUCAUAAGUUGUUCAAUCGCGGCUCCAGUCCCUCGCCGAGCACCCGUUCGCUGAUGCGGGAGAGGCAGUCAAUAGAUAAGGAGGUGGCAGCACGUUCCAGUGACGCAAAUGCUGACUCCAAUGCGGAACAGACUUUGCGUCACUGGACGUACAGUGACCUACAAUCGUGAUCGCCACGCAAAUAUUUUAAACUUUAAAUUUACAUUAAGAAAAAAUUUUAAAACUCAAAUUAUGUAAA